CCAGGGAAAUUGGCAAGAAUAACACCCCGCUUCUCUCCCCCCUGGCACCAUGGUCGGGACUCGGCCAAGGGUCCUGGGGACUAGGAUCAAGCACCAAACCCAACCAACCGUGAACAUGGGAUCUGUGCACUCCAUAUAAUGGGAGACAUGGCCCAUCCCAAUUUGGUCGGUCGUCCUGCGUCAACGACCCAACGCUCCCAGGACACGCGAACAUUGCAGAUAUGCGGCUUUCACUCGUUUCAACCGCCAUCUGCGGCACUCUCGCCGUGUCCGCCCUGACGAUCCCCCAGCAGUCGCCGGUCAAGCGAUUCGAGCUGGUCGACCUCAAACCCUUCGAGGACUUCACCUUUGAGCUCCUCUCGCCCGAGAAGGCCAAGGCCGCCGCCGCCGCCGACAAGUCCAACGUCAGCCCGGUGGCUGGCUUGGCGUCGGCCGCGCAGAAUGGCGGUGUCGCCGGCAUCAUGGCCGGGACCUGCAAGUCGCCAAAGGUCCGGUACGAGUGGCGCGACCUGACCGACGCCCACAAGAAGGAGUUCGUCAACGCCGUCAAGUGCCUGCUGAACAAGCCCUCGGCCGGCGGCAGCAAUUACCCGGGCUCCAAGAACCGCUACGAGGACCUCGUCUCCGUCCACCAGCAGAUGACCCCGACCAUCCACAUGGUCGCCCAGUUCCUCCCCUGGCACCGCUACUACCUGUCUGUGUACGAGUCGAUGCUGCGCGACGAGUGCGCCUACACUGGACCCAUGCCCUGGUGGGACGAGAGCAAGGACGCCGGGAAGUUCAGCUCCGCCCCGAUGUUCACCAAUGCCUACUUCGGUAGCGCGCCCAAGAAGACGGCCGAUGGAAAGGGCACCUGCGUUAACGAUGGUGCCUUCAAGGGGAUUACCCUACACAUCGGCCCCGGUGGCAGCUUCACGAACCACUGCCUCUCUCGCGCAGUCGACGAGUCCCUGACGGCGCAGUGCAACUGGGAUUUCGUCAAGAGCUGCAACUCGCACAACACGUACAGCGACAUGGAGUCCUGCGCUGAGAUGGGCCCCCACGCCUACGGCCACAACGGCAUCGGCGCCGUCAUGUCGGACGUGGCCUCGUCCCCCGGCGACCCGGCCUUCUUCCUGCACCACGCCUUCGUCGACCACAACUGGCGCAUCUGGCAGAACGGCAACACGUCGAGCCGGCUGUACCAGAUCAACGGCUUCUCGACCAGGGACGAGCCCCGGAAGACACUCACGCUCGACUACGUCCUCACCUCCAAGGGGCUGAGGCCCGACGUCACCGUCCGCGACGUCAUGGAUACCAUGGGCGGAUACCUGUGCUACAGCUACAACUACUAAUCCCACGACAUUGGGAAGGGGAGGAAGGGAGCAUUUUGGGGGGGGGGGGCC